AUUUACAUUCUGCACGCUUGAACUUGCAUAUUUGAACAAUAAGCUUGUUUGAUCGCUGAUAUCUAUCAAAAUCAUCAAGUUGGUACUGGAGAUAUUGCUAAGAUCUUCGUGGUAUCAACAUACAGAUAUAUCCAUCUUUGUAUCUAGUACUGCUCUCCAGGAACCGCACUCCUUCCGAAAUGAGUACCGCAAGACCCCAAGUCUUCCGGGGACGGAAUUACUAUCCUCACAACGUCGACAGCACAGACUUCCGGAUCAGCUGCCAGGGCCGCUUGUUCUGGGUGCAUAAAGAUAUAAUUAGCCGAGAGUCUCCCUACUUCCAGACACUUGUCAGGGGAACUUUCUCCGAAGGGCAAAAUGGACGACUUACCCUCAGGGACAUACAGCCGGACGUUGUUCACGCCCUCUUGGCAUAUAUGUAUACGGGGAAGCUGCAGUUGCAUCUGGUCCAUUCGCCGCCGGAGUACUAUUCUUAUACCACGGGGAAGCGUCUCGACUCUGAGCUAGCUGACUGGGAUAAGAAUGAGGACUAUAUGGGAACAGUCAUGUCGAAAGCGUUCGCUUGUGUUUUAAUCUACAUCGCCGCAGACAGAUUCUUCCUUGAUAACUUGAAGGAGCUAGCAGCCCGUGGGUUCAUGGCGAAUUUUCGCCCACGGCAGAUGAGCGAUGAGAUCCCAGACGACUUUGUCGAGCUCAUCGGUGAGAUCUACGAGAAGACGCACGCGGACGACGAUGCGCUCAAGAGCCAUGUCGUAUUCCACCUCAAUGAAUAUCUGAGCCAAAGCCAGAGAAUAGUUUUUGAGGAAUCUGCGUUUAAAGAAGCUUUCUUGAAGUUCGAGAAAUUCGCAUGGGACAUCUUCAGCGGUACUGUAGGGACAUGGGGCAAUGAAUGUGAUCUGCAUCGUCGUGCGACGGGAUACCUGAGACAUGUUAUAGCCAGGGAAACAGGCCUGAUUGAGACUCUCCAGACAAACACAGAGUGCCGCCAAUGUGGUCAUGAGUUCGGCUGUGUCGUCGAACUGGUUGGGAAGGAUAGGCGCCGGAUAGAGAAGGAGACUUGGUUGAGAUGUACAAAGUGUAAAACGAGACACUUCCCGCCGGGAUUCCCACUCGGGCGGUUAUAUUAAGGAUUUCAAGGGGCAUUCAUGUUCUGUGUCCAAUGUGAUUGUUCCAUGCUUUGUUUUACUGUCAGGGUUUGGUCGCUGUACUGAUUG